CUUUACUCUCCUUCUACCUUUACCUUUGAUCCAAUCUAACAAAUUUACUUCACUCUUUGACACUUGAUUUGUGGUUGAAUAUAGCAAAGUUUACUACCUUUUCUCGCUUUAUAUUCCUUUCGUUUAGUUAAAGUUACUUGAUCAAUCCAAUUUACAGGAUUCUUGAUUGAAUUCAAUGUUUAUCGUUUCAACUUUAAAUUACUUUCACCAUUGACAUUGUACAUUUUGUAUCAAACAUUGACCAACCAAUCCUUAAACCAUAACCAGUGUCUUCAUCUCAAUUAAUUGUAUGGAUUUAAAUAAACUCAUCUAACCAUCAUUACCAAGCAUCAUUAAGGAUUUAACCCAAAGUUUCAACUUCAGUGUUUCAACCUUUCACUAUUCAAUGUGCUAUAAAACCAUAAUCCCAUGGAUGAUAAAAACACUGUAACAACCUUAAUUGCUUCAGUUGACACAUCAUCUAUCAUAGAGAAUAAAAAAUCAACAAAAGAGUAUUGGGAGAAACGAAUGAUGGCCGAAAUGGGCGAUUCAGCUGUUGUCGUUGAUCAAUUGUUGAUUGACACUGAACUAGUUAAAAUGGCAUCAACACCAAAUGGUAAUAAUAAAUGUAUAAAAAGGUUAAUUUCAUCGAAUCCCAAUUCACCUAAAGGAUCGUCCAGCCCAUCAAUGCAACAAUCUCCUGUAACUGGGCCAACUUCACCUUCCCUUAUGAUGAGCCUAACCUCAUCUCAAGGAGCAACCGAGAAACAGUCCAAUGGUCAAUAUCAUGGUAUCUCAUCAAGUAAACUGGGCUCUGAUGGUGAGAGUGAAGCUUCACCCGAGUGCAGUCUAUCACCGGUUGAGGUUGACUCACUUGAAGGAGGAAGCAGUCGAGACUCGUCAACCUGCGAUCGACGAUCAUCGCCUGAUUAUGUUAACUGUACUCAUGGUGUGGAUGAUGAGGAAGAUGAUGGUGUUGUUGCAGAUCAUGAAGGUUUCCGUGAGUGUGACUCAAGUCCUGAUGCUGGUAUAUCAGGUUGUCGUCCGGUUGGUUAUGAAUCAAACUCGCUGUCUCCUGAAAUGUUAAUGGCCAACAGCAAGACAACCAGUAAAGGUGGCAACAUUAAUCACAGGCGGACUCCUUCAUCAUCAUCAUCAUCAUCGCCAUUACCGUUAUCAUCACCAGUCAUUGGCCAGAAUCCAAAGUCUUGUUUAUCUUCUUCUUGUUCACCAGUUUCAUGUUCAUCUUUACCAUCUCCACCUUGCUUGUCAUCUUCACCUUUACCGCACUCAAAUGAAACCGUUUCAUCUUCAACACCAAAACCAUUAAAGUCGUCGACGUCUCUUGAAAAUGGCCAACACUGUGAACCACAAUCAGAUAACGGUUAUCAUGCAACUGAACCCGAUUCAUUAGAAGAGUUCAUUAAACAUGAAACUGAAUGUGCUCAACAGUCCAACAUUGACCCCAAUUGUGACACUCAUAAAAGUCAACCUGAUGAUUGCCCUUCUCAGCUGAUUAUUGAUUCCCUUACAGACAGUGGUUUAUGUCAAAAUUUAUCAUCAUCAUCAUCAGACGCUUUUGAUGAACCAUCAUUGCCAAAAUCAUCUUUAAAUGAUCAACUCAUUGAAAAUGUAACUUCAUCAUCACUCUCAUCCAUUAGUGAUUAUAAUAAAAUAGAUAGUGGUGUGAAUCAAACUGAUGAUUUACUAUUGAUUGUUGAUUGUCCCAACGAUUCCAAGGGAAACAAUCUGAUGACCAAUUUGGAUUCAUCAUCAUUACCCUUAGCUCCUUCAGGUUUACCCUCGUCUUCAUCUUCUUCUCACAACAUUGUCUCCAACAAUAAUCAAAAUAAAUGUUUCCCAACUCAUUUUUAUGUUAAUAACGCUGAUAAUAAUAAUGAUGAUGAUGAACAUGUUGACGAUGAUUCAGUUGAUAAUGUCACUCAAAAUGAUAAUCAUGAUGUGCACAAUCACCAAAAGAACGAUAUUGAGAUAACUUCCACCAUUGAAGGUUCAGCUUUAGCUAAAGGUAUCAAUUGUGGUGAUGGUAUUGAUCGACCAACUAUUAUUGGACAAUUGGCUAAACCUUCGGACAAUGAAACAAAUGGAUCAAUGUUGAUUAAUGAGGAAAAUAUUAUUGAAUUGAAAUCAUCUUCAACUUCACCCAGAGAUAGUAAACUGUCUCUUGUCAAUGAUCAGCCAGUUUCAAUGUUGGUCAAUUACGAUGAAAGUGAAAGAUUUGAUUAUCAACCUUCACCUUCUGAUGAAGCCAACAACUUGCUGCUAAUUAAAUCUAAUCAACCACUCAACUGUUCAAUUGAAACAUGUUCUAAAUCGUCUUCACCCGCUGCUUCCCCUGCAACCUGUUUACGUCCCUUGGCUGGUAUUGUGGGUAAACAGACUGGUAAAAUUGUACGCCGUGAAUCUUGUGGGAUAAUUAAAUCAUCGGCUGAAUCAAUGAUUGCCGAAGAGAUUCGCCAAUUGAAGGAACGAGAAGAGGAACUUGCUCGAAUGAGAUUGGCAAUGUCUAAACAACAGUCGACCGUCGAGGGUCACCAACAAUUGAAAGGAGGGUCAACUAUGUCACCAUUAUCAGUCUCUUCAAGUUCACUUCAUCUUACCAAUUCUUCAGCUCAUCACCACCAACCUGGACACCAUUCGGUCAACUCUCAUAUUCACCAUCAACUGGGUAAAUCAACACCAUCACAUUGUUCAUCCAUUGAUGGUAAAUCAAGUCCAGCUCUAUCUGAUCUUUCCUCUUGUUCCGUUGGAACCAUUUCCAAUGAUUCAAUUGAUCCAGUCCCAUCCAAGCCAAUUAGUCUGGAAAUAUUGUCAAGCAAAGUUUCCGGAUUGCUCGGUGAAUCUCCAAUUGAACGAGAGAUUCGCAUUUCCCGAGAACGUGAAGCCGAAUUGAAGGCUCAAGUAAACUUGACCCGAUCCAUGUCCAACUCGAUUGUUACCAAUGAUCAACAUUUAUCAACAAUUCAACAGCAAACAACAGUUAACCAAUCCAAAUCAAUGGUCGUUAACCUGACUGGCAAAGAAGGCCUUACCAAUGGUAAUCCUGGUGCAGUAAAUGGUGAUCCUAUUGCACCGUCUAAUGGUCCACUGAGUAAAUCAUUGUCAGUAGAUGAAACAAUUGUUACCUCAGCAGGAACCAAGUUGCCCGUUUUCAAGCAAAACAGUUGUGGUGCGGCAAAUGCGGCUGAUAUCCAGAAACUUUUGGCAACCACUCGAAUUCAGCAGGAAAUUGAAGAGCAAACCCAACGCGAAUUGGCUCUAAAAGCAACCGGAUCAAUUAAAACAAUCUCACAAGAAAGGACUGAUAUUGAAAAGGCUGGGUCAACUUACUCAUCCAUUACUCAAAUCAAUACAGCUUCAAAAGCAGCAACAACUUUAACAAGUAAACCAGAGGAACUUCAAACUGCCAAAGCCAUUGAAACUCCUUCAUUAUCAGGUCAUAAUGGAUUAUCAGGGAAUGUUUCAAACUCUAUUGGAUCAUCAUUUUCAUCUUCACUGGUUAACCAGUCUAAUCAAGUGAACCAAAUAAAUAAUAUAAAUACUGAAAAUAAUAGUAAUUAUAAUAUAAGCAUUAUCCAAUCAAACAAGCCAACGCCACCAUUGCCACCACCAGCACCAUCAUCCGUAUCAUCGUCUACAUCUUUUUCAUCUUCCCAAUCAUCUUUAUCGUCCUCUUCGUCUUCUUCGGGUGCAACAAUAACAUCAAUUAGACGAACUGGUUUUCAACCUUUUAUGAAAAAAGGUUUAACCAAAAGCAUUUCAAUGCACAAAUUUAUCUCCUCCAAAGGUAAAACUGCAACUCCAACCGGUAAUCCAACUUCAUCUGCUUUCUACCCAUUGGCCUCACCAGGCGACCUUUACAAUGGUGACCUACGACCACCCAUUAUGGUUAAAGGUGAUAAAGGAUUUCGUCGAGGUUCAGUUUCAGCUGAAUCCAAGAUUCAAGAAGAGUUGAAGGAGAUGAAGGCUCGAGAAGAGGAAUUGAGACGGCAACGAGCCAGAUUAAUGGGUCUCUCGCAACCUAAUUUGGCUCUUAUUGGUAGAGAUGAUGAUGAAGAAGGUGAUGAGGAUAAUGGUACCAUUAAUGGUAAUGAUGGAGAUGACAAUGCUGGUCAAACUGUUGGUCUAAAUGGUUCAUUGUAUGAAGUUGAUGCGGGCUUGAAACGGACAACAAGUAACCCAAAUAUUUCACAUGAAUAUGAUAAAAAAGUGUGCCAACCAUUUGGAAGCAAUUCAAAGCCUCGGAAAAAUCCAUUAAUUGCUCAAUGGGAGAAGAAGAUAAUCAAGGAUAAUCCAAAUUAGGAACCAAAUUAGGAAAAUUGCAAGAUUUCUUUGUCAACCAGAGACGAUCAACGGAUUCAUUAAUGUCUAUAAAAGCUUGAAAUGUCUAUUAUUCAGCAAAAGAUUCAUUCAUUUGCUUCCCUUUUUUCGCCACUUUAUAAUAUUAUAUUCAUGCUUUUGGUCCGUCUAUGGACAUGAACGAAUUAAGGUUUUAAUAUAAAUUUAUUAAUACUUUUUGAUGGAAAGAUAAAAUAGGAAAAAAAACAAAAAAAUAUCAACAAGAUUUGGGCAGUUCAGAGUAGUGUGUAAACACUGACUUGAUUCACUAUUCAUUGUCUUGAUUUGGUCUUGUUAAAUCUCUCUCUGUUGUCUUUUUUAACCAUUCUAGCUAAUUUACCUUAUUACCUUUUUUUGUAUCCAUACACACGUUUUUUGCUUCCUUUUUGUCAAAAUUAAUUGUUAAUCCAGUUAAUUGAUGAUGAUUGUCAUUAUAGGAGAUACCACGAUUCAUUGUCAAAGCCAUAAUUGAUCAAUCAUUGAUUGUCACCAAGAAUCUUUCAAUGUUUUAUUAUAUCCACAUUGCCUUAAUGUUAGAAAAAAUUCCCUUCUUUUGAAAGGUAAAAUACCUUAAAUGAGAAAAAAGAGAGAAAGAAAGAGAGAAAAUCGCAUUUACCUUGCCUUCUUUUUUACCCAAUUCUUUGUGAUUAUAUUUUAUAUCCAAAUUUUAGAGAAAUAUCUCAAUUAAAAUAAUAAAAA